CUGCGCGAUCGCGACAUCAGGCCGCGCGUGUUCUCCAGUCCGCCCGUGAUUCUUCCGGUCCCGUCAGAGUCGCCCAGUCCCGCUUUUCAAAUGCAUGAAAAAGCACAGUCGGUUUCCCAAUUCCCACCACCACCCACCACCCACACCCACAACAUAAUGGCUCCCAUAGGCAAACAAGAACACUACAAGGUCGUCAUCGUCGGCUCAGGGCCCGCUGGCCACACCGCCGCGAUCUACCUGGCUCGUGCCAAUGUUAACCCCGUUAUGUUCGAAGGUUUUAUGGCUGCGGGCGUCGCUGCCGGCGGACAAUUGACGACCACCACUGAAAUCGAGAACUUCCCCGGGUUCCCCGACGGCUUGUCAGGGCCAGAGUUGAUGGACGCCAUGCGGAAGCAGAGCGAGAAGUUCGGGACAAAGAUCUUCACAGAGACUAUUGCGAAGGUGGACCUUUCUGCACGGCCGUUCAAGCUGUGGAGGGAGGGAAGUGAGGAUGAUAAGGAGGCUGCUAUCCUGGCGGACUCGGUUGUCAUUGCUACGGGGGCUACAGCGAAGAGGCUCCACAUCGCCGGCGAGGAAACAUUCUGGCAAGCCGGCAUCUCCGCCUGCGCUGUCUGCGACGGCGCCGUCCCCAUCUUCCGCAACAAACCCCUCGUCGUCGUCGGCGGCGGCGACUCGGCCUCCGAAGAAGCGACCUUCCUCACCAAAUACGCCUCCAAAGUCUACGUCCUCGUUCGCCGCGACAAGCUGCGCGCCUCAAAAGUGAUGGCCGAUCGCCUUCUCGCCCACCCCAAGGUGGAAGUCCUCUGGAACAAAGUCCCCAUCGAAGCCAAAGGCGACCGGCUUCUCAAACAGUUGGUGAUUGAGGACACGGUCACGAAGGAACAAACGACAUUGGAUGUGAACGGGCUCUUCUACGCGAUCGGACACACGCCGAACACGGCGGUGUUUGCGAACCAGCUUGAACUUGACGAUGUGGGUUAUAUCAAGGUGCGACCCAACAACGGCGUGCCGUCGACGUAUACGAAUAUCGAGGGCGUGUUUGCGUGUGGGGAUGUGCAGGAUAAGACUUAUCGUCAGGCUAUCACUGCUGCGGGAAGCGGAUGCAUGGCGGCCCUGGACUGCGAAAGAUGGUUGGAGUCGCAGGAAUCUCACUAAACAGAGGAUAGCGGCCAGCGGCUUCUCUUUACCAUAGAUACAAGCGUUAUACUAGCGACAUUUAGGGAUCAUGAUUUGAGCUUCCUAGGUGUCGGAUGUGGUUCAUUAUUUCUUCGUAUAGACUUAUUACAUAUUUUAUGGUGAAUCAUUAUCAUAUCCUGUUG